AUGCGAUCACGAGGCGGGGCUGCGGACAGGCCGCGCGACCUGAGCCGCCGCGCCGCCCGGCCUGCCCGCGCCCGCCGCCCGCGCCCGGCGUCCCGCGCGGCCCGCGGACGAGGGUCCCAAGAUACGCGAACAAACAGAAAGCGAAGCGACCAGCGUGGAGGAUGCGAAGCGGGCGAACGAGCACAUGCGCGCCGGCUCAUGCCGACCCUGGUUACCUUAAAGAUCAGAUUGCUUUUGGUGUCACCCUUCUUUUUUGCAACGUCCGAGCUGAGCCGACCCCUGCGUUCCGUGCGCUUUUUUUGUAGAUUCUGCAAGAUCUAG